UGUCCCUCGGACACAGCAGAUCACCGAUCAUGGCAAGAACCGAAGAAGUCGGCUCGGUCAUGUGAUCAGCUGUGUCCAAUCACAGCUGAUCACAUGGGACAUGUACACAUGCUCCAGCAGUGCCACCUGUCAAAGUCCAUCCGUGCCAGCUGUCAGUGCCUCAUGCACGUGCCACAUCAGUGCCACAUGCCACACAUCAGUGCCCAUCUGAGCUGCCUUUCAGUGUCAUCCAUCAGUGCCAGUCAGUGCCAUCUAUCAAUGCCAAUCAGUGCCACCUAUCAGUGCUGCCUAUCAGUGCCAGUCAGUGCCGCCUAUUAGUGUGCAUCAGUGCCGCCUAACAGUGCCAGUCAGUGCCGCCUAACAGUGCCCAUCAGUGAUG